AUGAGAAUCUCUAAAGGCUGGAUCUGGCUCGCAUUAGCUAGCGCCACGUUUGCAGCCAGUAUUUCAAAGCCACUGACUUCAGGUCACGCUGGCAGAACGCGAAACGUCGAUGCCCAUUUGGGUACUUUUUUGCACAACCGUAUCAGUCCCAAUUACUCAGAGCUGUACAUCGCGGACGCUAAUGGCUCCAACGAAAAGCUCCUAUUGGGCUUCAACUCUGUAUAUGACUUUCGAGCGAGCUGGUCCCCUAACGCCGAUAACGUUUACUUCACUUCAGAGCGACGGGGAGAUGGUCAAGCAGAUAUCUACCGUAUCGCCAUUAACGACACCAGUACCGCUGGCAACAGGGUUGAGCCCAUGGCCUUGUCUCCCGGUGUCGAUGAUCCUAGCUCGAUUUCUCCCGAUGCAUUUACCACUAGCCGAUUCAACCAAACCAGCCAGAUCAUGCUGAUGGUCUUGGAGGAUGGCUCCUUGAAGAACUUGACCCUGAGUUCUGGUAUCUCUGGCUCGGCCAGCAAUGCAAAUCCUAAUGGGUACUUUAAGCCUAUCUGGUCCCCGGAUGGUCUAUGGGUUGUUUUCACAUCGGACCGCAACACGCCAUGGCGAGGCCACAGCGCUGGAGCGGGCUGGGAACAUACGCAGGAGCUGUCUAUCUACGCCUGUUGUCCCAAUGGAUCCGACUUCCACCUUGUUUCUUCUCGCAAAAGCCACACCCAGGGCUCACCUCGAUUCUCUCCCGACAGCAAGCGCCUGGUCUUUUAUGAGAUAUUGACUGAGGAUACUUACAACUGUCGUCUGCAGCCCACGCUUGUGGAGUACGAGGGGUGGAUGAGUACGAGUAUCGUCUCCAUUGACUUUGAGACCGGUGGUGAUCGCAUUGUGCACGCUACUGGACUAGGUACCAAGAUCAGUCCUUCGUUCGUGACCAACGAUGUAAUUGACCUCUUCCACUCCUCUAUCCAAGACCAAACUAUUUUCGCUUUUUUUCUCACUUUACUCACAUACAAUGCUCUGGUCAUUGGAUACGUCCAGAAGUUGUCGGAUAAUAAUGGCAUCUACUAUACGUCGAUUUCAGGUAAAAACUACACGCAAUACCAGACCAUUCCCAUGAAUUCCAUGACGCCUGCAAUCCGUUCGCCCACAUGGUCUCCGAAUGGCAAAUAUGUCAUCUACGAAAAGCAAGGCCCCACGGGAGGUAGCACAGCGACAUCCAAGACCCAGUAUUCCGAGCUCUGGAGCUUUGAUUCCGAUUGGGACUACCGAUUUACGGAUGUUUUUCCCAUGGGAGCACGAGGAAAAUGCCCUAUGAUGGCCAUGUCACAACAGAUGGAGGGUCCCGCACUCAACAACCUCAUGACACUCAAUAUGGAUGGUACUAAUCAAACCACCAUUUUCGAGACUAAAAAGGCCAUGAUCAACCCUUCCCUCGCAUCAGGAUAUAACGCGCGUGCCUACCAGGGUAGCUGGGGUCCCAAAAACGCCAACAUAACUUUUGGCUUCGGUGCAUACUUUGUUGCUCGUGAGAGCAAUCCCGGUUUCAUUUUGAGUAUCGGUGCUGGUGGGGGUCCUGAGGACUUUACUGUUCUCGCUGGAAACAACAUCACCAAUUACGGUUUCCCAUCCUAUAACCAUGAUGGCACCAAGGUCGUUUUCCGUACUUGGCCUGGUACUGCCGCCAAUGGCACUACUGUCGGAUCUACUGGUCUAGCCAUCGUUGACGUUCCUGCGAAGAAAAUCAAGCAGUUGACCACCGAGUGGGAUAACUUGCCAGCCUUCUCGCCCGACGGCAAGAAGAUACUUUUCACUCGCCGCACCAACUGGAACAACAUUGGUGACAACUACGACAUCUUUACGAUGAACCUGGAUGGAACUGGUCUGAUUAAGUUGACUUCUUCCGUAGCUAGCGAUGCCCAUGCGGUGUGGACUCAAGAUGGCCGCAUUAUGUACAGCACUGCUAUGUUCGGGUUUCAGCAGGAGGCCGCCCUUUACGAUGACUCCAUGCAGCCGUAUGCAGUGAUCGUGGAGAUGGAAGCCGAUGGCAGCAACAAGCGGGUCAUGACUAACAGCCUGUGGGAGGAUGCCAUGCCCAUGUUUCUUCCUGCCCAUAUAUUCCGCGCAACAUGUUAA